GCCUUCAAGGAAGCUUCUCCAAGCUUUCUCGCCCCCCUUUUUUUCUUUUUGUAAUACCUCCCUCCCUUCCUCACAAACUCCUUUCUCCCUUUUCCGCCCACAACUGGCUGGGCAGCCGGUGGGGUUUCGUGACGCAGCGUCUGAAUCCUUGGAAGGAGGCGAGGAGGGGCCUUUUUUUUGCAUUUGGUUUGGGGAGGGAGGGGGGGACGCUUUCCCUCUCUCGUCCUUUUCUCCCCUCGACACUUCCAGACCUCAAACCCAGGCAGGAGCAAGGAGGGAAGGAAGCCCCUCAAAAGCAAGGAGCAGAGGAACUUCAAGAGUUUUUUUUCCCCCUCGCUAUGGAUCCCGCCACUUUCUUCCGACUCGCCUUGGGCAUCCUUGUGGCCCUCGAGGUUGGACUCUGCGCUCUUCCCUCAGAUCCCGGGGUAUUUCUCAUCUAUAGCAGUGGUCUGCAGGGCUGCUUGGAGGCAAAGGACUCUCUGGUGAAAAUAGCCAGGAUUUGCAACACCAGUCUCCCAGCUCAGAAGUGGAAAUGGGUUUCACGAAAUCGGCUUUUCAACAUUGGAACUAUGCAAUGCUUGGGGGUCUCCUGGAAGUCUGCAAAUACCAGCACAGCUGCCCAUGCACUAGCUACCUACGAGUGCGACCGAGAAUCCAUUACCAUGCGAUGGAACUGCCGCACCCUGGGAGACCAGCUUUCACAGUAUUUAAGCUCCAGGUUGGGGAAUUGGACUCUGACGCCAGCCGAAAGGGGAGACCAAGCACGGGGAGGACAGUGGAAGAUCUACAACCAUGAUGAAGAUUUGUGCUCCAGGCCGUACUCUGAAAUUUACACCAUCCAAGGCAAUUCCCAUGGGAAGCCCUGCACCAUCCCUUUCAAGUAUGAUAAUCAGUGGUUCUAUGAUUGCACCAGCAUGGGUCGUGGAGACGGUCAUCUCUGGUGUGCCACUACACAGGACUAUGGCAAAGAUGAACGAUGGGGAUUCUGUCCUAUUAAGAGUAAUGACUGUGAUACAUUCUGGGACCGAGACCAGCUUACUAGUAGCUGUUACCAGUUCAACUUUCAGUCCACCCUUUCUUGGCAGGAAGCUGGGAAGAGCUGCGAGCAGCAAGGGGCCAACUUGCUUAGCAUCACUGAGAUCCACGAGCAAACUUACAUCAAUGGGCUGCUAACAGGAUAUGGAUCAACCCUUUGGAUUGGUCUUAAUGAUUUGGAUCUCAAUGGAGGCUGGCAGUGGUCAGACAACUCACCCUUGAAGUACCUUAACUGGGAAAGUGAUCAGCCUGACAACCCCAAUGAGGAAAACUGUGGGGUGAUUCGGACAGAGUCGUCAGGAGGAUGGCAGAACCGGGACUGCAGCAUGGCUUUGCCCUACAUCUGCAAGAAGAAACCUAACGCCACCUUAAAUACAUACUCAGUAGAGACUGAGUUGAAGGUGGACUGUGAUCCGAGCUGGCAACCCUUCCAGACUAACUGCUACCGCUUGAUCAGUGAAAAGAAAAGCUGGCUGGAUGCUAAGAAAACUUGUUUGCGGAGUGAAGGUGACCUGGUGAGCAUCCACACCCUUUCUGAAUUGGAGUUUGUUACCAAGCAGAUCAAGCAAGAUGUAGAAGAACUUUGGAUUGGCCUGAAUGAUCUGAGGCUACAGAUGAAUUUUGAGUGGUCAGACGGCACACCAGUGCAGUUCACAUUCUGGCACCCCUUCGAGCCCAACAAUUUCCGAGACAGCCUGGAGGACUGUGUGACUAUCUGGGGACCGGAAGGGAGAUGGAAUGACAGCCCCUGCAACCAGACACUGCCUUCUGUCUGUAAGAAGCGAGGUCGUGUCAGUCAAGGGAGAGAAGACGAGGACCAUGGCUGCAGAAAGGGUUGGAAAUGGCACAGUCCAUCUUGCUAUUGGCUAGGAGUUGACCAUGUGGUGUACAGUGAAGCCCGAAAAAUGUGCAUGGAUUAUGGCUCUACUCUCGUCACUAUCACCAACAGGUUUGAACAGGCCUAUGUGAGCAGCCUAAUUUAUGGCUGGGAAGAUGAAUAUUUCUGGACAGCUCUACAAGACAUAAAUGAAACAGGCUCCUUCCAUUGGUUGAGUGGGGAUGAAGUCACAUAUACCCACUGGAAUAGAAACCAGCCUGGUUACAAUAAAGGUGGCUGCGUUGCCUUGGCCACAGGGAGUGCCAUGGGACUCUGGGAGGUGAAGAACUGCAUCAAUUUCAAGGCCAAAUACAUCUGUAGGCAAACCUUGGGCACUCCAGUGAAUCCGGAGCUUCCUCCUCCACUUCCCACGCCCAGCCUCACUGCCACCUGUCCUGCAGGAUGGAGCUCCAACCCCAAGCUGAGGCAUUGCUACAAGGUGUUCAGCUAUGACAAGCUGCAGGAAAAGAAAAGCUGGGUCAUGGCUCAGCUGUAUUGCAAGGAUCUGAAAGCCCAACUUUUGAGCCUGGGCAGUUAUGAGGAGGAACAUUUUGUGGCCAACACUCUCAACAAGAUUUUUGGGGAAUCAGAGCCUGAAAUCCAUGAGCAGCACUGGUUCUGGAUUGGUCUCAAUCGGCGGGAUCCUGGAUCUGAGAGGAGUUGGCGAUGGAGUGAUGGGCUGGGGUUUUCAUACCACAACUUUGACCGCAGUAACCACGAUGACGACGACAUCCGUAACUGUGUGGCACUGGACCUGGCAUCCUUGCAGUGGAUGCCUCUUCAGUGUGAGGUGCAACUGGACUGGAUCUGCAAAUUGCCCAAAGGCACUGAGAUAAAAGAACCAGAGACAACUAUCCAGGGGAGCAAUGAGUGGGUGAAAUAUCAGGAUGCUGAAUACAAGUUCUUUGACCAUCACUCCACUUGGGUGCAGGCUCAGCGGAUCUGUACUUGGUUCCAAGCUGAGCUGGUGUCAGUUCACAGCCAAGCUGAGCUGAACUUUCUGGGGCAAAACUUGAAGAAGUUCUCAAGAGGCCAGGAGCAGCACUGGUGGAUUGGACUGAACACCUAUGAGAAUGAUGGACGAUUUCGGUGGUCCGAUGAUUCCGCCUUAAACUUCAUCUUGUGGGCACCAGGCAAGCCACGACCUACCAGCAAGGAAAAGAAAUGUGUGUACAUGACAGCGAGCCGAGAGGACUGGGGUGACCAGAAAUGUCUCACUGACUUGCCUUACAUCUGCAAACGGAGCAAUAGAACCACCUUGCCAUCCGUGCCCGUACCAACACCAGGCAGCUGUGCUCAGGGUUGGCAUGAACUCAGCAAUAAGUGUUUUAGGAUUCACAGCCAAGAGCAGGUGAUAUGGCCAGAGGCAAAGCGCAAGUGUGAGAUUCAGGGAGGCAUGUUGGCUACUGUCUCCAAUCACCUGGAACAAGCUUUCAUAACCACUCUUCUCCCAAAUAUAACUUGUGACCUGUGGAUUGGCUUCCAUGAUGCAAAGAAGGAAUUCCAGUGGGUGGAGUCUGAACUGGUCCAAUAUGUCAACUGGGCUCCUGGUGAGCCAUCUGGGUACAAAACAUCCACUGCCAGUGACAACCCAACUAAUUGUGCCAUAGUGUGGCAUGGCUACCCAUCCCUCUUUACUGGUCGCUGGGAUGAUAGGAACUGUCUGGAGGAGAAACAUGGCUUCAUCUGCCAGAGGAGCAAAGAUCCUACCCUAAGCCCUUCCCCAGCAACCUUCUCCCCUGCUCCCAAUGCCACCCUUUCAUAUCUCAACUGCACUUACCGCAUCCUCAAGAAGCCGCUCAAGUGGCACGAUGCUGUGCUUCUCUGUGAGAGCCUCAACGCAAGUCUGGUGAAUGUGAUGGAGCCAUAUACCCAGGCCUACCUCACCCAAGCCAUCAGCAGUGUGCGUGCCCCGCUCUGGAUUGGCCUGUCCAAGGAAGAGGCACGACGGAGCUAUGUGUGGUUCACAGAGGAGAGUCUUUCCUACACAAACUGGCAGGAUGGAGAACCACAACAACUUAUCGGAUGCACAUACAUGGAUGUAGAUGGGACAUGGAGAACGGCCAGCUGUGAUUCCAAGCUGCAAGGGGCUAUCUGCAAGAUGAAUGCAGGUCCUGUUUCUUCUCACAAAUGGAGCUACAAUGGGAGCUGUCCUAAAUCGGUGGAGGAUUCUUCCUGGAUCCCUUUUCGGAAUCAUUGCUAUGCCUUCCACAUGGAAGCUGUGAUAGGCCAGAAAGAAGCUAUGAAGAGGUGUCAAAAAGUUGGAGGCUCAGUGCUGUCUAUCCUGGAUGAGAUAGAGAACGUCUUUAUUUGGGAGCACCUCGAAUAUUCUGGGGGCCAGUCCAAAGGAGCCUGGCUGGGGAUGGCCUUUAACCCCAAAGGGGGGACACUCGUCUGGCAUGACAACAUGGCAGUGAAUUAUUCAAACUGGGGGCAGCAUGACACUGGACCAAGCAUGCUCAGCCCAAACAGCUGCUACUGGAUUCAGAAGAGCAAUGGGGUUUGGCAUUUGGGCUCCUGCUCCAAUGUCACAAUGGGGGUCAUUUGCAAGACAGCCCGAGUGGAAGAAAACCGCCUCUCCAGUUCAGCUUUCUUGGAGAACACAAAGGCCAUUGCAGUGGUCAUCCUCUCCUCCUUAGCACUGUGUGCAUUGAUAGCUAUUGCCAUCUAUCUGUACAAACGGCGGUGGAGUUCAGAGCGAGGGACAUUUGAAAGUGCUCGCUACAGCCGUACCAACUCCAGCCCUAGUGAAUCUGCUGAGAAGAAUAUCCUAGUGUCUGAUAUGGAGAUGAAUGAACAACAGGACUAGUGGUGGAAUUGUUGACCAUUGGGGUGGGUGGGGAGGGAGAACUGGGAAGGGAGGGAUGUGAGUAUCUGGCAUACAUACAAUCUCAAAAGUAAGCCCCUGACAAGAGCAGAGAGCAACAGUAGGAUUACUGCAGUGGGGUAAGAAGAUGGGAGAGCAAGACACUAAGGAGAUGUGGAGAAAUACAAUAUUAAAAGGGAGCUUUUUUGGAACCCUAGACAAUGUCUAUACGAUCUCAAAACAAAACCAGGCAUGGCUUUGUAAGUCUAUCAUUCCUGGAGAGGAGGUGGUUUCCUUCUUGUAGAAACAUCUCAUCAGGCAUCCUCUACCCUCUCUGGAUAUCAGCACAACAGUCUCCACAUCUCCUUAGAGACUGAAAUCCAAGCGUUUCUCCUGGUUAUAAUGCCAAAACAAGAAAGGGCCUCCAAAGUUUUCUUGCCUGUUUUGGUAAGAACCUGACUUUGUUGUAUUGCAUUACUUCUUGGAGCCAUGUGGCUAAUUAAAAAGUGAAAGGCCCUUGAAUUCCUGUUAAUGAUGCCGCUUCUAUUCUCUGAUUUUGAGAAAUCGCAAGAACAAUGUCUUCUCCAACCACAAUACUGCUAUAACAAUCAUUCUGCUGUCACAUUUUGUUGCUGUAGAGGGUUUUCCUGCAAAAAUGUGGCAGUGGCACCACAGACCUUUCACAGUUACAAGGGACCUCUCAGUGAGAGAAACACAUAGCUGCUUUGUGCUUGAGGGAGAAAACAGGAAUGCUGCUAUUCGCUUCUUUUUGAAACAGGUGGCCAACAAAACUCAUCUAAGUGAAGGAGCAGUUUUCUAAGAAUGAAACACACUAAAUUGUUCCCUCAGAACAAUGCAAUGGGUAGUUCACAAAACGACUAGCGUGAGGUUGUCACUUCCUGCUAGUUAUUGACACACACUAGCCAGAAGGGUCAGGGAUAACAGCAAUCCAAAUAUUCAUAGAAAAGAUACAAGCUAGCUCUACUGGAGUAAAGUCUGCAUGUGCCAAGAAAGAAAUAUAGUGAUUCAAGCUCUUAGCAAAUGCAUUGUGCCCAAAACAGGGUUACUGCCCUAGGGGACAAAGACUAUGAAAAACAGGAAAGAAAUGCAUAUCUUUUGCACAAAAAAAACCCAACAUAUUGCAUAAAGGCCCUGAGAACAUCUGUAUAUCCAGUGAAAAAAUAAUGUGCUAACAUUUUUUCUUGUUCUAAAAAAAAAGAAAGGCAUUUUGUUGUUGCCUUGCUGGAUAAGAGGUAUAAAUAACUUGGGUUUUCUGGUAGCCAUCAUGUACACUGUAUCAAAGUGCAUGCUGACAGUUAAUCACUUGUGCUGGGUGGGGAGAGAUAUUUUGUGUCUCGACAGAGUUGAUACACAAGGGCCCUACAAUCUCUCCCUCCAACACACUUUGUUUUUAAUCAUUUGAAGAAGUGCAACAGGACGCUUGGUGUUUCUGGAACAGCAUGUAAUUUUGUUAGGCAAUUUGGGUUUUAAUCCCAGCUACUCAGAGCUAGUAAGAGACUAAACCUAUCGCAGUGUCCUUUUUAGGAAAGAAAUGUGGGAUGAAGAUAACUUUGGGUGGACUGGGGACUCCGCAAGAGGUAUUCCCUUUCCCCGUUUGCUUCCAGCGAAAUAAGUUGGAAUGGUGGCUGUGACAAUGAAUGGAGGACAGCUAUUUUUGCUACUCAAGUAAUUAUUGGAAUUAUUGUAUGGGGGGGGGGGGGAAUCUAGUGAUGUUCACUUAAGCUGGAUAUUAAGUGUUUGUAAAAAUGUUUACCAUUGUCUCUAAGGAACUGAAAAGUGCCAUAAGUGCCCAUAAUAUGAGUUGUUUCACAGACAAUCUUAACCUUUUGAAUUCUUUUGCUUUCGUAAUUGCUGCUUGUUGCUUGUUUGUUUUGUUUUGCUUCAGACAAAGAUAUGCACAGACAUCUUGAAUUUGCCCAGUAUUUGCUCUGCUCAGGGGAUCCUUUCCAGGGUUUAAUCUGAAUGAGCUUCGAGCCCUGGUCUCUAUUCCAUACUAGAGUUUUACCAUGGAGUAUGUGAAGUUAUGGUGCCUUUAAGUAUUGGUGCUUGCCUCUUACUGAUGACGAGCUACAGGCAAAAUUCACAUUUUACCAUGUGAUGACAUAAUCAGUAAGACGUGUACAAUAAUGUUACAUAGCAGUAGGGGUGCAGAUGUGUGGGAAUUGAAAUGAGGGCAUUGCCCCCUAUAAGUAUUUUGUUAUCCAAUGAAAUGCUCCAAAAUUUCUAGCAUUGCAGCGACUUGAAAUGUCAGUUGAGCAUCGAGAAAGACAGUAUAGGCAUUCAAAGAAAAGGGACAGGCAGUUAACAAAGGAAUUUAAACAUCAGUGUUUUAUUAUCUAUAGUGCUUAAAUCUGGGGACUGAAGGGAAAUUUAACUAAAGGGGCAGAAUUCUUAUGAGGGAGAACAGCUACACUUCUGAAGUUAACUAUUGACUCUUUUGCUACACCAAAAGAUGUCAGAGGGAGGAGGGAGCAGGCUUGUUUUCUGCUGCCCUGGAGACUAGGACUUGGAGCAAUGGGUUCAAAUCAUGGGAAAGGAGAUUGUAUCUGAACAUUAGGAAGAACCUCCUGCCUAUAAGAGCUGUUCAGCCGUGGAACCCUGUUUCAGAGUGUGGUGGAGGGUCCCUCUCUGGAGGCUUUUAAACAGGCUAGAUGGCCAUCUGUCAGGGGUACUUUGAGCUUUUCCUGCAUGGCAGGAGGUUGGACUGAAUGGGCCUUGUGGUCCCUUCCAAUGCUAUGAUUCUAUUAUCUGGCAAAACAUUUUCAUGUACUGUGAAAAUAGUACAGCCAAGCAAAAUGAACACCACUGUUCACUGGAAGGACUCUUUUCUGAAAUCUGUGAUUCUUUCCCAAUAAUGGUGUGCAGCACAGGUGUUCACUCAGCAUUUUAACUGGGAUGCCUUCGUGGAAGCAUAUUCUGUCAGGAAAACAAGCAAGCUGACCAACCAAAGUAUUUUCAGGAAUUAAGUGCAAUAGCAAAGCUGAAAGGAGGGAAGGUUGUACAAUACCAUAUUCUCUCCUCUCAGCUUUACAUGCUGCUGCUCAAAUCUAUUUCUCAGUAAUAACGACACUACAGUCAUCCCACAGCAAUUGUUAUACUUUUAUUUACUUUUUCAGCUUUUCUUUUGGUUUCAAGGUGAAUUAAACAGAACUAUGACAAAUUGCAGUAAAUUUCAUACAUGGAGGUGGAAACAAGCAACAUUCGCGCCCCCCCCCCCCCCAAAUUGUGAAAAUGUUUGUCUGGAAUGACUGCAAAAUGCUUCUGCUUAAAUAUUCUAUCACUGUUUGGAAUAAUAAUGUGAAAAGGUACUGAGAAAAUCUGACAACUUUUAAAAAUAGUUUACUUUUGCUUUUGAUAAAAUAAGUCUUCUUAGAAUCUUCAAAUAAAGCUUCAUUUCCAAUCAGUUUUAGCACAAGCAGAUUCUUCUUCUUCCACUCUUUUCAGUGGCAAUAAAGAGGCAAACAUGUUUGAA